AUGGACUAUGGCGUGGCAGGCCUUGCGGCGAAGCCGGGCUUCAUCCCGGAAGCGUGGACUUUGUACGGCGUGGGAGUCAUCUGCAUCUUUGCGCGACUCGCGGGCAAGAUCCGACAUACAGGAUACAGACAUUUGGACCUCGACGACGCUUUCAUCGCCUUCGGUCUGGUGUGGUACACGCUUCUCUGUGUGUCGCUGUACAAGAUCGCGGUGGGGGACGGCUGCAAUCUUAUGACAAAGGAGGAGUUACAAGGUCUUACACCCGAGAGCAAGGCAGACCGAGUGCGCGGGAGCAAAUGGGUCUUUGUGUCCCAGCAUGCCAUGGUCCUUACCAUUUGGAGCAUGAAGGCUGCCAUGCUGGUGCUCUAUGCGCGCAUCACUGAUGGUAUUCGCCAGCGUCGGUCGCUUUGGGCCCUCACCAUCUGGGUUGUUUGCGCAUUCCUCGGCGACGAGCUGUCUCUCUUCCUCAUCUGCAGCCCCCUGUCGCAGUACUGGGCAGUUCCUCCUCAAAACCCCCAAUGCGCGACCUAUCGAGACUACCAAAUCAUCAAUGCGGUGUUGAACAUUUCGAGCGACGUUUUGAUCCUGGCAUUCGGCGUCCCUCCCGUCAUGAAGGCCCGCGUAUCCAUUCAGCAAAGGUUCGUUCUAGGUUUCAUUUUCGGCAUGGGAUUGUUCGUCAUCGCCGCCGCCAUCACUCGAGCGGUCUACUGCAUCGCCCCAUCACUCGCCUCUUAUGUCUACAUGUACUGGUACUUCCGCGAAGCGUCGGUCGCCGUUUAUGUCGCCUGUCUCCCGGGCAUCUGGGUUUUCUUGCGCAAGAUCUUCCCCAUGUUGCAGAGAUUCACCAGCCGCAAUGGCACCAAGAAGACCGCCUCGCACUCCGAUUCCAAUCUCCCGCCCCGCCGUCAUCCGAGCAGGCCUCGCAAUCCCUGGGAUACUGAAAAUCUCGACUUCGACUCGGACAACUUUCCGCCCGGGAAAUGCACUGUGGCAGAUUUCAACAUCGAUAGUCCGCAAUGGCCAGCGGAUCAUGGCUCUGCUCUCGAUGUGACGGACCAUGAGACGAAACCCGAGGUGUCCUAUACUGGGGGAGAAGGCACCGAGGCAAAGCGGUGA